AUGGAUUACGGCUUGGUCCUGGACCGGUUCAUAUGGAGUCCUGCUAUCUACAAGGUUGUACACUCAUCGGCAGAAAAAUUUCACAUUGUUUACACAAAAAUAAAAGCAGCAAGUCGAUUAAUUUAUUUGGCUGAUUCGAUUAUUUUAAAAUCGUUGUCAAUUGCUCUCACUGUUGCUAGCCCAUUAAAACAUCCAGCAAAAUUACUUGAUAAUUAUGUUGCACGUCAAAUCAAACAAAUUGGAGAAAAGUAUCCAGUUCUAAACACGCCAACACAACAAAUUGUCGAUGUAUUCAAGAAGAAAACAGAUCGUGUUCGUCAAGUUGCCAAUCGAAUUAAACAAGUGUUUACAACACCAUUCGAUGUAUUUCUGCAUAUUACUGGUGCAAAAAGUCGAACACCGACAGCAAGGACAAAAACAAAAAUUAAUAACAAUUGUUGUUCAAGAGAAGCAGUAGCAGAACUAUCGUUCAAUGCUGCAUCGAAACCCCGUGCAACAGCUCCGAUUAAAAUUGAUCAAUGUUCUGUCAAGCGAACAACAAAACAAGCCACACUAGACAUUCAACGUCUUCAUGCAAAACUCAAACCAACCGAUAUUGAAUUAUUCUAUUCAAAAGUCAAACCAGUAACAGAAUUUUCGACUCAUCUUCAACAUCGCGACUCUGUUAAAUCAUAUGAUGUUCGUAUGUUACAAUCGGAAUUUCAAGCACUCGAACAACGUGAAAUAUGGGAAAAUUUUCGAAAACAUGGCGACACAGCAAUAAAACACUAA